AUGGCCCCGACUCUGCAGCUCUCGCAGCGCCCGCUUCCUGCGUCUGAGCUUUUGGGCCCAACGGGUGUCCUCUCGGGUUCCCCUCUCCAUCAUCGUCACCCUUCUGCUUCCGAUGCUGCUGUCUCGACUGCUGGAAACAAGGGGACCGACGACCUGAAAUCAUCGGACUUGGACUGGUUGGGAUUUGGUCUGUCCUCUUUCAACACGGAUUUUAAACUCGACACCUUGGUCUUUGCCAAUGGUAGAGACGCCAUCACACCGCUCGCCCGACCCGAACCGUCUCUUCAACCCGAGGCCGUGGAAGCUACAAGGACUGAAACGAAGCUGCCAAGACAAGCCCACAUAGCUCGAGGCAAAAGAAACUUACUGAUUGACAGACCGAGGUCGUGGUUGAUGCCUUCAAGCAAAGUUGCCAGGGAAUUGCCAAAUACGAGUGACCAAGCCCAGAACAUCAUUCCUGCCGGCAGCACGACGAGUACGGCGGCGGCGGCGGCGGCGACGACGACGACACCGACGACACCGACAACGACUCCAUCUCCAUCUCCGUCUCCCCACUUGGGGAGCUCAGAAAGCCUUCCCAAUCUUACCAGGCGCCCCUGGAUUUCACGCUCUCCUCGCCCGUCCUCGCCCAAGCAUGCCCUCCAGUCCCCUGUCGCCAAUGGUCAACGGGGCCUCGAGGGAUUAGCUCGUGCAUCCACGGUCAAGGCAUCCAAACCACCACGUCGAUUGCAGAUCACCACGAGCAGUGACGACACGACGGAGCAAACGACAAAGCACCAACCAGAGACACUCCAAACAACUGCCAAGCCGUUCACGAGGGCAACCGCAUACUUGUCCAGAAUCAAGGGCAGACACCAAAACGCUUACCUCGGCCGGGACGGUGCAGAAUCUGACCACAGCUGUGCUUCGUCGGCCACCAGCCUCAACCGCACGUCCAACAGCGUCCGUACAAGCAGUGCCGCCCCUUCCAUCUGCAGUGAUGGUAAUAUCAACACGCCCGUCACCGAUGAGUCGUGCAACGAGAUGACGCCCAAGUUUCGUGACCCGCUGUGGUCGGCUUUCAAAGGCCUCGAUGUCGAGACCAGAGCCUUUGGGUCCAAACAGACUGUCCACCGAGUCGCCCAGAUCCACUCGGUCCUGCUGCCCUUUUUAAAACGCACACGAAACCAUCCGUCGACCAGGGCGAUUUCCCUCGAAGACGUCGAGAGACGGGCCAUCGUUCUCAACAAGUGGUGGACGGCCCUGCUUGACAUGCUCCAUGGCCAACUGCAGCAGCCUAUCCCAGGCGUGGAUCGCCCGGUGUUACUGGAAGCCGCGACGAUGCUCAUGAUGCGGCCCGAAUGGCGACAGGCGACCACGUACAUGCAGCCACUGGCGGAGCGGUCACCCUCGGAACGCGUACGCUCACGAUCAUGGACGAAUGCCUCCAAAUCGACCACUGACGGCUCCGCACACUUGGACAUGUUUGCUGAAUCUGCGGAGCACAAUGUCCGGACCAUGUUCGUGGCCAACCUGGUCAGGCAAAUGGCCUAUGUCGUCGACAAGAUGUCUUUGCGCCACGCUCCGCUGAGCUUGGUCAAUUUUUCCGGAAAAACGUGCGCCUACACCUUCUUCUUCGCCCCGGGUGUCGCUGACAUCUUGCUGCGGCUCUGGGGGCUCACGCCGGAACUCAUCAGGCGCGCCGGCACCGAGUUUGGGCUCCCUCGCAGGGAUGUCGGCGAGAGCGACGACAUCACCGCCUUGUUCCCGCCAGGUCUGGGGCCCCUCGGCUGGACCUCGCCCCGGGCCAUGUGGGACGCCCUCAAGCAGAUUCCCAAGAUGCCGUUGCUCGUGGCGAGAAUUCCUUGGACCGGUCCCUGGGUCGCCCGCUGGAAGGGUCGAGACACGGACCUCUUCUUCAUAUUUUGCAAGUAUUUCCACGCCCUCUGUGACCAGUUCAUCCCCCCGGGGCUGCCCCUGCGGGAAAAGGCUCGGUCGCCCGCGUUCGCCCUGGUCCACGCGCAGCUCUUGUCAAUUGUGGACUCGACGAUUCAUCGACAGGCCGCCAUGGUGGAGCCCGUGGCCUACGCCCCCCUGAUUGACUCGGUCAACGGAGCAGACUCGGCCCUGCCCCUGCCCCUGCCCCUGCCGCUCCCACCACCGAGCAAUGCGACUCGGCCCAUGGGCGAGAAUAAGCUCGCGGCCGCCAGCAAGACCUCUCUCUACGACCACGCUGCGUGCUUUACUCUGUGCGACUUUUUGGAAGAGGUCUUGAUGGUCUACCAUGAAUUCGAGACGACGCCUGCCGCCGCCAGCUACAUUGACUGGCCCUUUUGGAUCGAGGUGUGCAAGCGCAUGUCCAGCUCAAUGAACACCCUGUCCGAGGUCCGCAUGCUGUCGUUUGUCUUUACCAUCUGGGACGCCGUGGCCAAAGACCCGCGCAGGAAGGCAGUCGUAUGCCUGGACUGGCUCCUGAGCGAGGAGACGUUUGAUGCCUUCUUCAACAACUGGUGCCCCAUGGUUCGAGCCUACUACCAGCGCCUAAUUUGUUGGCGCAUGUGUCGAUACACCGGCGGCUCCGACGAACUCGACAUGAACAUCUACCUCACGGCGGCCGUGCGACUCAAGACCAGCUGGGCUCACUACUUGCACAUGAAGCAAACCGCAGAACAAGCCGGCAAAGUACCCCCGUCGACCGCACCCAUGCCCCCUGCCAUGGGCAAGAAGUUUAUGAUUAUUCGCCAAGAGACCACCUCACCAAACCCGGGCCUGUUCAUGAGCUUUGACUCAUUUGUGAGAAACUCGGCAUCGUCAUCAUCAUCACCAUCCCCCAACCACCACCUCCUGUUCGGCAUUGAUUCCCCAGAUGCCAACGGGAUCGGCCGCAGCGACAGCGGAAAGAAGCGUUGGUCGCUGCUUGGAAAAGUCCUUGCCAUGACGUCAGGAAACAAUGCUCAGCCGGCCGCCGUUGACGACGAGUAUGAACGGGUCCCACCGUCACCAGGCUCGGCGGGGAGCGACACCGGUGGUGGUGGUGGCGCCGGUCGAGACCUGGCCGACCCAGCUCCGCUCACCACAGCUCCCAGCUUGGGGUCCCGCCUGGGCAGGAUGGGCCCCAGAAUCAUCUCCCCAUCUUCGGAUUCCUUGGGAUCGUCCCCCGUUUUCGACGAACAAAAAUACACUUUUAAAUUCGUCCUCGGAUGGCAGCAAGCCCCUGGCCCCGCUCGCGAUCGCGUCCUGACGAGACCACGACUGCCCGUCUCAACGCAGGCACGCAUCAGCGCAAAAAGCCACAAUAUCCUGCCGUCAGCGCCUCGGCGGGAUGAUGCCUUGCCUCGAUCGCCCCCGGAGACGCCCAAGCCCGCUCGUACACCAAAGGAAGACGACCAGGCGUCCCUCAACGCGUCUGUCGAGGAGUGGCUCCGCAACACGCCCACCACCAGUUUGGGUCUCGGACCCAACAGCCGACGAAGCAGCGUGAGCGUUGCCCAACCCAACCGCGGCAGCGGCGGCACACGAAGCGAAGCGACAACAGCAACAUCGUCGACAUUAAUGCGCAACAAUGUCUUGUCCGUCGCCAACGCGGCCGGCGACAAUAGAGACCAGCUCACCAAACCAAUCGAGCCUGCCGGCAUUUAUGCCAAGAAUUCCGUCUACUGCGGCCGCGCCCUCGCAGAGUGGGCUCAAGUCGUUUCCGAAUGCAACAUCUUUACCGAGAGACGCCAGGACGAUGGAGUUGCACUCUUGGCCGAUGUCGAAGUUCCUCACCUCGGCGUCGAGGGAUUCCGUCGCGGAUAA